CGCAAUCCAAUGGAAUCUUUCUUUGUUCAUAAAAAAUAUUUCUUUGUAAUAGCCCAGUUUAUUAUUCCAUUUGCAAGUGCAGUCCUAAGGCAAAACAGUUGUUACAAAUUCAACUUCAGGCUUCAGAAAGCAAAACCCAUUAAGUAUACCAUAUUCAGGAUACAUCAGUGAACUUCUAAUGGGAGGACACUCAGUUCUAUGUGCUGAUCUUACCACAGCUGAAUCCUCACAAUCGCUGCAAGGUGCUGAGGAUGCAGGAUCAACAGGGGGCAGUUCUUACUCUCACAAAGUUGUUCCAUUAACCUCGGGUGAGGACGAAGAAGAACCAGAAGCUGGAGGCGAAGAAGAGCCAUUAGUCCAGACUGUGGAAUGCCGAAUUUGCCAGGAAGAAGAUAGCUCGAAUAAUGUGGAGAUUCCUUGUAGUUGUAGUGGUAGCUUGAAGUAUGCUCAUAGGAAAUGUGUUCAAAGAUGGUGCAAUGAGAAGGGAGAUAUAAUUUGCGAGAUCUGUCAUCAGCCCUACCAACCUGGAUAUACUGCUCCACCACCGCCUCCUCCUUCGGAAGAAACGGUCAUUGACAUCAGUGGUGGCUGGACGGUGGCUGGCACUCAGGUCGACUUAAAUGACCCUCGACUUCUUUCGAUGGCUGAACGCCAUCUUCAAGAGGCUGACCAUGAUGAAUAUGCUGAUGCAAGUGCUAGUGGAGCUGCAUUUUGUCGUUCCGCUGCUUUAUUUUUAAUGGCCCUCCUGUUAAUGAGGCAUGCUUUUGAAAACGGUGAAGGUGAUCAUGAUGAUGUUUCCGCCUUUUUUUCCCUUUUUUUGCUCCGUGCUGCUGGUUUCCUUCUACCCUGCUUCAUCAUGGCUUGGGGUAUCAGUAUAUUGCAGCGUCGAAGACAAAGACAGGAGGCGGCAGCUGAAGUUGCUUUCUUACUGCAGGCAGGGCAACAAAGGGGCUUGCAUGUCACAAUAGCACCAAGACCUGCUCCACCAGCAGAGCCUUCGGCAGCAACAGAUCAGGCAACAAUUCAUGUGUCAACAGCACCCAGGCAGGUGGAAGUUCCUCGUCCCGAGAUAGUAUAAAAUAGCUUUCCUUGGCCUGGACAACACCUUAAAAAAAUUAAAUAAACGGCUUUUCUCUGUUACCUUGCUAGAUGGUAGUUGCUGACCGUCGAGUGUAUAGACCGUCUGUUGGACUAGAUGGGGUGAGGAGGAAAAGGAGAGAUCUGUUUCUUCUUCUUUUUUUCCUUUUCCAAUUUACCACCUUAAUCUUUACAAUUUCAUAUUCGGGGAGAAAGCUGGAUUUCUUACUUUUUCCUUUUGUUCACUGUUCCAUUAUGUUUGUCACUGUCAGAAAAAAAUGCAGCAAAAUCGCCACUUGGGUAGUUGGGUGUCCUAUGUCAGUUUUAACUUUGAUAGGGCUCUGUUUGAACUGUAAAGAUAUCAUGUCUUCUCGUUUUGUACAUUAUAUGUAUUUAUCAUCAGGUUUACUGUUUCCUCA